UUAUUAUGUUAUUAAACCAUUUCAUAUUAAACCGUUCACAAUUAUACAGUGGUGUUUUAAUCAAUUUAUUUUGUUAGUGUAAUGGUCAGCCCUUGGAAUGGAAAGGAAAACCUGAGGGAAACUGAAACUGGCAGCACUGCAAUUUGUCAAAGUUGUCAAAAAGUUUAAAGAGCGAGGUUGUUUGACCCGCAAAAAUAUUUUUGCGAAGUUAAUUGCAAUUAUUAUUCAACUUUUAGAUUUAUUGUUACUAUAAUUUCUUGACUGCUGGCUUUUUAUGAUCAAGCUGCUGACAAGAGCGUAAUCUGGCUUAAGUAUUUGAUGUCGGCAAACAGUGCGAAUGGCGACGGAGGAGGACAUCGACACGCUCAAACUAUACUGGGAUCACUUCUUCAAAGCGGAGACUGGCACUUAUGAGAAAUCGACAUGGCUGGAUCUCUUCCUGGCCGAGUUUCUCAUCCGCGUCAACGAUGGCGCGAACCCUAAGGAGUUGAUCAAGUUCUGUCCGGUGAGCGGCGUGGUGACGCUGGUGGGGUGCGAGCUGCUGUGCGGCAUCCACCGCGUGACGUCAUCCAUCAACACGCACUACUCCGUGCCGCUGCCGGACGCCGCGCUCCCACAUCUCGACGCACGCGAUCAACCACCAUAUACAGAACAAAAGCCGGAGGAGCAGAAAGUGGGUCCGACGAGUCUGUUCACGCGCAUCAACACGCAGUCUUCGGAACAGAUCCUCAAGAAGUACCUGCUGGGGGGAGUCGCCUGGAGGUGCCUCGUCUUGCUCAAGGCUUUAGGAGUUGAGGGCCUGUCAUGCUGUCGACAACUGAGCUCGGUGCUGAUCUGGCUGUUCGGCGAGCUGAGCGGCGCGGCCAGCGACACCAGCGUGAACACCAAGCCUUCACCCCCCACGCCACGGACGCCUAUACACCAGCUAUUUUCGAAUAGAAUAUGGUCAAAACAGAAGCCUAUUGGUGGGCAGACCUCCAAGGUGCACUCCGCUGCUUCGUCUGAAAGAGGCUCAGUCACUGGCAGGUCACGACACUCAACGCUGCCCAAACUAGACUCCCUAGAACGAACAAAAAAGAGGCUCUCCAAACAUACAGACCAAUCGUCAGAGUCCGCGGACUCUAACGACGACCUACAGAUAUUGAACCGCUCUCUAACUAUCAAAGUGUGCACGCCCAACGAUGACUUCGAAUAUUUUAACAGCACUAAAUCUUCCAAUGAGUACCCGAACGACUCGUACUAUGAUCCGUUCUAUACUCCAAGAAAAGCAAAGCCAAAAGCCGAUGAUUACAUGAACGAUAAACACAGGGAAAUCAUCAACUCAGAAAUCACAACAUUCCAAUUUACUUUAAUCAUCACUGAUCUACUGCAGGAACUGUGCAAGGCUGAGAGUAGCCUGUCCGGGUCCGAGGGGUCACAGAUCUCGAUGCAAUGCAUUAACUUCUCGCUACGUAAUCUGUGCUCGUUACAGUUUACUUCACUGCCACAGUCACAACAAGAUAAUACUCAGGAAGUAUCUAGGAUAAAGGUCGCACUAACAGAACUGCUAAUGGUGUCAUUAGACCAGGUCCUAAUACAUUCCGAUCUUUGUGCCAAACUGAUCAACAACGGAAUAUUACCGAUGUUGCUUCGCAUACUCGAAGACGUCAUCUCCAAAUGUAGACAAAACAAACUCGAAUACCAGAAUAGAAAAGAGGAUAAGACUGAAUCGGAAAAUUUGCUCAAAUUCGUAUUCGGAAUCGCGUACUCGAUCACUGCGUUCUUCCACUGCCUGCUGAUGCAGUGUCGCAGCGUCGACAAGCUGCGGGAGUUCACCGACCAGUUCAAGUUGUACGGCGAGUGUCAGAAAGGUGGACUAUUGAAAGACUGUAUGGAGCUGAUGAUCAGGAUCCCGGCGGAGGAGGAGGAGGUGGUGGUGCUGAUCAAGAAGCUGAUCGAGACGGUGGGCAAGCUGAUCGUGGGCAUGAAGCGCGUGCGCGCGGAGGUGGUGCACGGCGCGGCGUGCACGCGCGCGCGGCACAAGGCGUGCCGGGCGCGCGUGGCGCGGGGGCUGCACCACCACCACGCCGCGCUGGGCGCCGCGCGCGCCGCGCUGCCGCCGCAGCCCGCCUGCUGCGUGGCGCUGCUCUACGCCACGCUGUCCGCGCUGCUGGCCGACGACGAGCUGGCCGCGCACGCGCUGCUGCGCCACAAGGUGCUCAAGGUCAUGCUCAGCUGCGGCGUCUGCUGCUGCCUCGAGCCCGCGCUGCUCAUGGAGACCGUCGUCAGGCUCAUGCUCACGCACGGCAGCGUCGCCUCGCUGUGUCUCCGAGUGUUGGAGCACACCGUCUAUGGAGAAUUGGGCGCGAGUAUUCUCAUACCUAAAGUGACAGACCAACUUCCAUGCUCCAUUUGUGAACCUAGUGAAGAUAAGAGAGAAGUGAACAAGAAGCUGUGCUCGCACGGCAUCAGCCCCAUCGAGAGGAAGAGCGUGUGGUCGUUCCUGUACCACUACAACUCGCUGCUGCAGCUGGACAACCACAGCAACGUGCUGCACGCCACCGUCAGCCACCUGCUGCGCGUCACGCCCAAGUGCCGAAUGGAGAUGAAGUACGAGCUGCUCUUCAGCGUCAUAUACCCCACGUUUAUUGUCGCCAAACACAGAUACAUCAUACGCAUGGAGGAGUCCGCGUAUUUCUUAACAGUAUCUUGUCUUAACAUAUUCGCUAGUCUACUGAACACGGUGUCGUUCGCCGAACAAUUCAUACAGAAAGGUGGACUGAGUUAUGUACUGGAACUUGUAUCACUAUCAGAAUUCUCCAAUCAAUGCUGUUCUAUAUUAGAAAUCGCGAUCAUCGUGGAAGUAUUCAAACUAAUGAAGGAAAAUUCUGACAUGACCUACUAUAGAGAGAUGAGCACACUGGCGUCGGUGCAGAUGUUGUUCAAAUCUCUGGCUGAAAUGACGGACAAGUGUUACAAGAUAUACCGGCUGAAGCUGCCGGGGGAGAAGUUCGCAGAGCUGUGUGACGUGAGCAAGGAGCGCGACAUGCUGGCGUUCAUCCACCCCGCAGAGCUGCGCGCCACGCAGCACUCUGCGCCGCAGUCGAUAAACACUACCUAUGCGUGCAGCGAGAACGUGGUGGAACAGACGAUUGAGGACCACAUAGAGAUAGUGAAGAACGUGUGCACGUUCUGGAGGAGCUGCGCCAACCUGUGCCUGUACAGCCCGAUGUUCCGGCAGUACGUGACGGGCGAGGCCGCCUUCCUCGACAGCUACGCGCUGCUCAAGCUGCUGCUGCACUACCUGUGCCACUGCGACUGCUCGCCGCAGGAGAUGAGGAUCCUCAUCAAGAUCACUGAGGCGCUGCUCACCGUGCAACUCUCCGCGUCAGAUGUGACAUCAGGGCGUUCCAAAGAGACUAGCUGCGCGCUGGUCCGCGCGGCGCUGUGCGCGGGGGGCGCGGCGGAGGGCGGCGCGGGGCUGCGCGCGCUGUGCGAGGCGCUCAUCCGCGUGGCGGCCGCGCGGCCCAGUCGCGUGCACGUCAUGCCGCGGAUUGCGCAUGCUAAGGUGCCGCCGCUGCUGUGCGCAUCGGGCAGCAGCUCCGCCGAGUGCUCCUCCAGCGAGGACAGCGUGGCUGGGCCCUACGCCAGCGAGCACAGCGAGCCCUACUCCAGCCGACCCGAUGAGGGGUACGAGGCGGAUGUGGAAGUGGGCAAACUGGAUGUGCCUCCGCUCUACAGGACCAGGAAACUGUCUGGCUCCAUGUCUACUAUAUCCUCAGGCAUGUCGCUGCCGACGGGCGAGCUGAGCGCGGAGUGCGGCGAGUACAGCAAGAGCGGCGAGCUGGCGCACCCCGAGCUGUGCGUCAUCGUCGUCGACAUACUCACGCAGCUCAUCGACAAACUAGUGGGCAGCAAGGAGCAGGGCGGCACGAACGGGUCGUCGUGGCGGCUGGGCGUGGGCGUGGCGCGCGCGUGGUGCGGGCGCGUGGGCGCGGCGCUGGCGCGGGCUCGCCCCAUGCACUCGCCGCUGCUGGCGCGGCUGCUGGCCCCCGCGCCCGCCAGGCUGCUCGCUGUUAAGGAUGAACGACUUGAAGACCUUCAACGCAGCAUUCUCGAGCUGAUCCACGUGCUAGGCUCUCAGAGCAUAGAGCCGGCGGAACUAGCGGCCUUCCUCAAGCUGUUCACAGCAGAAAAUCCGCCGCUCAGCAUGCUGCUCGGCGCGCUACAUCGCCUCGUGUCCACUGCGACGUAUAAUACGCCCGACUGUAUACUUACGUUCCCGGUUGAUACUGAUAAUACUGAUGGUAUACAAUCAUUAGCGGAGGAACUAAGUUAUUUAGUAGUGAACACCACAACAUCGCAGAGCCAUCACGCUGAGAACCUCGCGAAGAAAUUCCAUGAAUCACAUCUUAGAGCGGGUAUAAAGUCGUGCUGGUCGUGCCACGCGGUGCGCGUGGGCGUGGAGGGCGCGGGCUGGGCGCCGUGGCUGGCGGGCUUCGCGCUCGUGCUGUGGCUGCACCGGCAGCACGCCACGCCUGAUGCCGACCACUGGGACGGUACAGACGAGUUCAACGACGAAUCGUCAGACACAGAAGCGAAGCAGAAGAAGUCUCCUAAGAAGGAAGCGUCCAGCAAGCCGACUGAGUUGUCGCACAUCGUGUCGGUCGGACACGAGUCGCUCAUGCUGGACACCUGGCUCGAUACUAACACAGGCACAUUCACAUUCCGCCUAACCCGUCCGGAGGUUGGUUUGAACCGCAUCGUGAGCGAGGCUCGCGUCACCACGGACAUGCCCGCGCGACAGUGGACAUGUGUCGCUUUGAAUGUUAAAGAGCUCGUCUAUAAAAGACAUAUUUAUGUACAGGUGACACUAUACGUGAAUGGUUACGAGUGUGAAGUAGUAACGCUGCCAGUACAAGGUAUCCUAGUCCGCAAGGUGACGCCGACGGUGGUGCUGCUGGGGCACGCUUGCCCGGGCGGUACCGGCGCCGGCGCGUACCACCUGGCCGGCGCCUCGCUGUACCGCUCCGCCGUGCUCACGCAGUACACGGCGCUGCACCUCACUGCACACGGGCCUGACCACGCCUGCCAGGUGCGAUGUGAAUCACCAAACUACCCACUGAUACUGACGCCUAAUGUACUAGACUCCAACAUCGACUGGGAUCAGGUAUUCGAAAUAUCGACGACGACAUUACGAGAACUACAUGAUAACUUGCUGUUAACGUUCUCUGCGAGCGCACCCAAUAUAAUGAAUUUAUACCACCAGACAGUGGCGCUACCUACAGUGUUCGCCGGCCGCGUGGCGUCGUCAGCAGGGCUCAUGUCAGCAUCAGCGUCGGGCGCUGCGAGCGGCGGCGCGGGCUCGUCCAUCCCCGAGACGCUGUUCACCACGUGGACGGCCGCGCCAGUCGCCAGCAGGCACCGCGGCCUCACGCCCGCUAUAUACAUGCUCGGCGGGCCUGAUGUGCUGCUCUACUUGUAUGCUAGGGUGGUAGAACUGGAAGGCAGUGCUGCUGAGCAAGCGACGGCACUGGGCAUCCUACUGCGUGCUUGUCGGGUGGACAACCGGCUGCACAGCAUGCUGUACAGCGACGCGGCGCCCGACAUGCUGCUCACCGUGCUGGCCGCGCCCGCCUGCCGCGUGUCGCAUCACCUCCUUAAGGUGAUCUUGGACGAGGCGUGCAGCAGCCCGCUGCUGACGAUCUGCGGCGACAGCGUGCAGCUGGCGGCCCGCACCGACGCCGUGCUGCUGCAGCCCGAGCUGCUCGUGCUGCUCGCCAACGCCUGGAGGCAUCUCGACACUGAAGAGGAGCUGACGUGGGAGACGGAGCAGAACGGAGGCCGCGUCACAGUGCGCGGCUCGGCGUGGGCGCUGGCGCUGUGCUGCGUGCGGGCGCUGCUGCGCGACGAGCACCCGCGCCGCGCCUUCAACCACACGCAGAUGUGCCGCCGCGCGCUGCUCGACCAUCUGCUGCGCGCCUGCAAGGUACUGCUACUGUACAUACGCGCUGUGCUGCACUGCACCCGCGCCGCGCCUUCAACCACACGCAGAUGUGCCGCCGCGCGCUGCUCGACCAUCUGCUGCGCGCCUGCAAGGUACUGCUACUGUACAUACGCGCUGUGCUGCACUGCACCCGCGCCGCGCCGCGCAACCACACGCAGAUGUGCCGCCGCGCGCUGCUCGACCAUCUGCUGCGCGCCUGCAAGGUACUGCUACUGUACAUACGCGCUGUGCUGCACUGCACCCGCGCCGCGCCGCGCAACCACACGCAGAUGUGCCGCCGCGCGCUGCUCGACCAUCUGCUGCGCGCCUGCAAGGUACUGCUACUGUACAUACGCGCUGUGCUGCACUGCACCCGCGCCGCGCCUUCAACCACACGCAGAUGUGCCGCCGCGCGCUGCUCGACCAUCUGCUGCGCGCCUGCAAGGUACUGCUACUGUACAUACGCGCUGUGCUGCACUGCACCCGCGCCGCGCCGCGCAACCACACGCAGAUGUGCCGCCGCGCGCUGCUCGACCAUCUGCUGCGCGCCUGCAAGGUACUGCUACUGUACAUACGCGCUGUGCUGCACUGCACCCGCGCCGCGCCUUCAACCACACGCAGAUGUGCCGCCGCGCGCUGCUCGACCAUCUGCUGCGCGCCUGCAAGGUACUGCUACUGUACAUACGCGCUGUGCUGCACUGCACCCGCGCCGCGCCUUCAACCACACGCAGAUGUGCCGCCGCGCGCUGCUCGACCAUCUGCUGCGCGCCUGCAAGGUACUGCUACUGUACAUACGCGCUGUGCUGCACUGCACCCGCGCCGCGCCUUCAACCACACGCAGAUGUGCCGCCGCGCGCUGCUCGACCAUCUGCUGCGCGCCUGCAAGGUACUGCUACUGUACAUACGCGCUGUGCUGCACUGCACCCGCGCCGCGCCGCGCAACCACACGCAGAUGUGCCGCCGCGCGCUGCUCGACCAUCUGCUGCGCGCCUGCAAGGUACUGCUACUGUACAUACGCGCUGUGCUGCACUGCACCCGCGCCGCGCCGCGCAACCACACGCAGAUGUGCCGCCGCGCGCUGCUCGACCAUCUGCUGCGCGCCUGCAAGGUACUGCUACUGUACAUACGCGCUGUGCUGCACUGCACCCGCGCCGCGCCUUCAACCACACGCAGAUGUGCCGCCGCGCGCUGCUCGACCAUCUGCUGCGCGCCUGCAAGGUACUGCUACUGUACAUACGCGCUGUGCUGCACUGCACCCGCGCCGCGCCGCGCAACCACACGCAGAUGUGCCGCCGCGCGCUGCUCGACCAUCUGCUGCGCGCCUGCAAGGAGCGGUUCCUGAACUCGGAGUGCGGGCCGCUGGACGCUGUGGGCAGCGCGGCGCUGGUGGACGUGGUGCGCGGGCUGGUGGGCGCGCCGCCGCUGCUGUGCCGCCUCGCCGCGCUCGCCGACUUCCUGCUGCUCAUGCACCAGGCUAGCGAUACCUUCGUAACACAUUCCCGAGCAAACUUUUACUUUCUACUCACGUCUGAAACGCAAGAGAUGAGCGAGUUCGCAUCCAGCUCCACGAAGCGGCGGCCUUCCAAACGCGUCAGGAAGAGAGAUGAGAACAGACCCAGUGUGUCCAGCACAUCGACCGACGACGUGUCCAACGAUAACAGUCUCAGUUCCCUGAAGGAUAAGGCGCAGAGUCGCGAGCUCGACGACCGGAUAGACAGCAGCUGCGGCAGCACCGAGUCCACCAAACAGCUCAAGUCUAAGAUCAACUCGCAGAUUAAGGAAGGCAGGAAACACACCGUGUCCUCCACAUCGGAGAACUCGGACACACCCGCUGAGAGCAGCGGCACAACAGAGCGCGAAGGCUCGGCGGCUGACGAGGGUACACAGCCGGAGAACAAGGAGCCGGCACCCGAAGCGUUGACCGACUACAUCGUGGUGGACGCCGACGAUGUUAACCAUACCACUGUCGAGAUGUACACCAGCGGGAUAUACCAUCAGCGUCGUGUCCGAGCUGGUGCUGCGUCAGGCUGGUCAGCAUGCGAGGGACUGCUGCUGCUGUUACGGCAUGCGUUGGCCUUACUGCCAGACCAUGAACAUCAGCAGGCGGCAUGCGGCGCGGUGUGCGCGUCGACGCUGGUGGUGCUGUGCAACCAGCGCGGCGCCCGGGCGCGAGCCGCCGCCGUGCGCGCGCUGGCCGCGCUCACCCGCCGCGCCGCGCCCGACGCGGCGCGCAGGCUGCUGCAGCAGCACUACUACAUACACCUCGCCAACCAGAUCUCCCUGUACGAGGGCUCGUGGGAGCUGGCGUCUGCGUGUGCCGCGCUACUCACCAAAUGUGAUGUGCCACUCGAAGACCAACUUGAUGACGACAUCUGGACCGACGUGUCGGAGGAGGCGCUGCAGCGCAGCCCGGCGCUGCUGGCGCUGCUGCCGUGCUGCCUCGCCGACGUGCCGCUCGCGCACAACAUCACGCUGCUGGCGCGGCGCAUCAUCGACAAGGCAUCGCUGAAGGUCCUAAACGAGAUAGCCCUCGUGGAGGUGGUAGUGCGGUCUAUUCGCGCCGUGGGGGAGAUGCCUGACACCACGUUUGAAGGUCGAGACUUAUUACUAGAGGAUCUGUUUGAGCUGCUCAACAGGGUCGCUAUCAAGGCGUUGUCGUCGCAACAUAGUAUGCAGACGAUCUCGGAGCUGCACCACCUGCUGACGUACGCGGAGUGGUCGGGCGGGGCGGGCGCGGCGGCGGCGGCGCGGGCGGCGCAGCGGGCGCUGUUCCUGGCGCAGCUCGACCACCUCGAGGAGCGGCUGCACGCCUCCUACGCCACCACCAACAGGCACAACUACUUCACCACCGUGCUGUCGUCGGCGGUGUCGCUGGGCGGCGAGGGCGCGGCGCGGGCGGAGCGCGGCGAGCUGGCGGCGCGGCUCCUGGCCACGGUCUCCCGCGCCGUCAGCUUCCUGCUCGCGCACUCGCCGCGGGAGCCGCUCGACGACGACGCGCAGCUCUUCGACCGCCUGCUGUCGACCAUGCUGCUCGCCGUAAGCGGGUCAAAUGCGUCCCGUCCGAAGUGGUGGGUGAGCAGCAGCGCGGACUGGGCGACGCCGCUGCAGGAGCUGUUCUGGUGGGCGGCGUCGCCUGCACCAGGAGCCUGGGCGCUGCAGGCGGCGCUGCUGCGCGCGCUGUACCACGCGCCCGCGCCCGUACUGCACGUGCUCACGCCCUCCGAUCCCGCGCAUCUUAGGAAGUUGGCAGUAUACCUGCUGACGAUCCUGAAGCACAUCCACGCGGAGGCGGAGUCGGGCACAGCUCCCGUGGAGCUGGCCAUCACGGACUGGGCGCGGGCGUGGGCCGUGGGCACGCAGGCGGGGCUCAGCGAGCGCGUGCCCAGCGCCGCGCUGGCGCCCGAGGCUGCCGCGCUGCUGAGGCAGGAUGAGGAGCGCUGGGCUAGGCUCGCGCAUCGCACCAGAUCUGUUAUUGCCAAAGUGGUAUGGAGCAAGGAGUCGCUGGCGAGCAAGGUGUCGGACAGCGCGAUGGCGGUGACGCGCGGCGUGGUGGACGCGCAGAACGCGCAGCGCAAGGCUUUCAUGGAGCAUCUGCGCCGCGCCCACGCCGCGCAGGCCGCCGCCUCUCAGGCUUGGCAAAGGCUCAUCGAUACCUAUACACAUGAACAAGCGGUAUGGCACAUGCCCCGCUCGUACCCGCAGUCGUGGCAGCUGGACGCCACGGAGGGCCCGGGCCGCGUGCGCGUGCGUCUGCGUCGGGCGCAUCUGCACGUGCCCGACAAGUUCCUCAAGCCGCAGCACAGACAUAAAGCCGAGGCGCGCAACAUGGCUGGGCCUCUGCGCAGCGUGGUGGGGUCGUGGGGCGCGCUGCGCGGCGGGCUGGUGGCGCGGCUGCAGCUGCACGAGACCGUGGCCUACAUGGCCCGCGCCACGCGCCUCACGGCCGCCGCCGAGCUGGACGGCGAGCUGCUGCUCAGCGACCGCAGCGUGCACUUCGUGCCCGACCCCGCGCCCGCCGCGCCGCCGCGCCGCACGCACUCGCUCGUCGUGCCCGAGGUGCAGGCCGCGCCGCAGGCCUCGCGCUGGCCGCUCGCGCACAUCAUGCAGGUGAGCACGCGGCGCUGGUGCCUGCAGGAGCGCGCGGUGGAGCUGUUCCUGAGCUCGGGGCAGGCGCACCUGCUGGCCUUCGCCGACACCGCCGAGCGCGCCGCCUUCCUCAAGGCGCUCGCCGCCACGCAGCACCCGCCCGCCAGAAUCGAGCCAGACACGCUACAAGAUGCGAUGACACAAUGGCGCAACGGCAGCAUCACGAACUGGGAGUACCUGAUGCGGCUGAACGGGCUCGGCGGGCGCUCGUACAACGACCUCAUGCAGUACCCCGUGCUGCCCUUCGUGCUGGCCGACUACUCCUCGCGCAUCCUCGACCUCAACGACCCCGCCUCCUUCCGCGACCUCGCCAAGCCCAUGGCCGUGCAGAACAAGACCAGGGAACAGCAUUAUAUCAAUAUUUAUAAUGACCUGAAGGCAGCUCGUCGUGAAGGCUGCAGCCCCCUGCUGUCGCGACAGCCUCACCACUACGCGUCACUGUACUCCAACUCGGGAGGAGUACUGCACUAUCUAGUACGAGUCCCGCCUUUUACCGAGCUAUUCCUAAACUAUCAAGACAACAACUUCGACAUGCCGGACCGCACGUUCCACUCGCUAGCGACGACGUGGCGACUCAUCACCAACGACUCGCCCACCGACGUCAAGGAGCUCAUACCUGAACUGUUCUAUCUGCCUGAACUCUUCCACAAUAAUGAGGGUCUGAAUCUAGGCACGCGCCAAUGCGGCGCGGCAGUAGACGACGUAGAACUCCCGCCGUGGGCCGGCGACGCGCGACUGUUCACGCUCAUCCACCGGCAGGCGCUGGAGGCGGCCUACGUCACGGAGCACCUGCCGCACUGGAUCGACCUGGUCUUCGGCUACAAGCAGACCGGACAGCCCGCGCUUGAUGCCAUCAAUGUGUUUCCUGCUUGUACGUACUACGGCUUCGACCCGACCGCGCUAGAGGAGGAGGUGGACCGCACGGCAGCCGCCGCAAUGGUGCGCACGUACGGGCAGGCGCCGCGCCAGCUGCUGCGGGCGCCGCACCCGCAUGCCGCGCCCGACCUGCACCAUGCCAGCGAUCAGGUAAGCACGUGCGGGCAGGCGCCGCGCCAGCUGCUGCGGGCGCCGCACCCGCAUGCCGCGCCCGACCUGCACCAUGCCAGCGAUCAGGUAAGCACGUGCGGGCAGGCGCCGCGCCAGCUGCUGCGGGCGCCGCACCCGCAUGCCGCGCCCGACCUGCACCAUGCCAGCGAUCAGGUAAGCACGUGCGGGCAGGCGCCGCGCCAGCUGCUGCGGGCGCCGCACCCGCAUGCCGCGCCCGACCUGCACCAUGCCAGCGAUCAGGUAAGCACGUGCGGGCAGGCGCCGCGCCAGCUGCUGCGGGCGCCGCACCCGCAUGCCGCGCCCGACCUGCACCAUGCCAGCGAUCAGGUAAGCACGUGCGGGCAGGCGCCGCGCCAGCUGCUGCGGGCGCCGCACCCGCAUGCCGCGCCCGACCUGCACCAUGCCAGCGAUCAGGUAAGCACGUGCGGGCAGGCGCCGCGCCAGCUGCUGCGGGCGCCGCACCCGCAUGCCGCGCCCGACCUGCACCAUGCCAGCGAUCAGGUAAGCACGUGCGGGCAGGCGCCGCGCCAGCUGCUGCGGGCGCCGCACCCGCAUGCCGCGCCCGACCUGCACCAUGCCAGCGAUCAGGUAAGCACGUGCGGGCAGGCGCCGCGCCAGCUGCUGCGGGCGCCGCACCCGCAUGCCGCGCCCGACCUGCACCAUGCCAGCGAUCAGGUAAGCACGUGCGGGCAGGCGCCGCGCCAGCUGCUGCGGGCGCCGCACCCGCAUGCCGCGCCCGACCUGCACCAUGCCAGCGAUCAGGUGCCAGUAUGGGCUGGAGUAGUGGGUGCUCGCUGGGGCCGCUGGUGCGGCUCGCCCGAGCUGCAGCCUCCUACCGUAGUGUGGCGCCGGACCUGCGCGGGCGCCGCCUCGCUGUACGCGCUGCCGCACGCGCGGUCUGUGGCCGUGGCUUCACGAGCCACUGCACUUAUCGCUUUGCAUGACGAGGCAGCAAACAACGCACAGAACAAUGGACAACAACCUCUAGCGCUGGUAUCGUGGGGACAUUCGGAUAACAUCGUACGGCUGAAGCGUCGCCGAGAUGUGCGGCCUGACCUAUUAUUCCAUGUGUGUGCUUUAGAUCAGAUAACAAAAGUAGUAUCAAUAUGUGCCACGGGCGGGUGCCCCUACCCGCUAGUGGUGGGGUACGCAUCGGGGCGGGUGUCGUGCGUGCGCGUGCGCAGCACGGCGGCGGGCGCGCGCGCGGCGGCGCGCGGGCUGCACGCGCACGCGGCGGCGGCGGCGGGGCUGCACGCCUGCGCGCGCGCGGGGCUGCUCGUGUCCGCCAGUGUGGAUGGACAUAUCGUGCUCUGGGACCUGCACACAUUAUCAUACAUCCGAACUCUACCCAACCGGGACAUGCUAUCAGUAACGCACGUCACAAUCAGCGAGACUCUCUGCGACAUCGCAUCAGUGCACGACAUGACCAGCAGUAACGCGAACUCCGACGGCAACGGUGACGUCACGCCCGACGCCAAUGACGUCAGCGACAACCAUACGGAAGCGUAUGAGAAGGAUGCGGCUUAUAAGUACAAGUCGCUUAUUAGAGUACAUACUGUUAAUGCUAGGUUUGUGGGCAGCGUGAAGGUGUGCGAGCGCGUGACGUGCAUCUGCUACUCGAACGCGCCGGAGGGCAUCAGCGUGAACGCCAUCGCAGCAGGCCUGGCCACGGGCGCCGUGCGCCUGUACUCCUCGUGGGACCUGCGGGCGCUGCGGCUGAUACCCGCGCCUGAUACCCGCGCGCCGCUGCUCAGCAUAACGUUCAGCAGCGACUCGCAGCUACUGUUCGGAUGCUAUGCGGGCGGCGUGGUAGUGGCGUGGGAGAGCGCUGGCGCCACUCGGCCGGCGCCCGUGCGCAUCGUGCCCGCGCAUGCACUCUUCUGAGGCACAUAUCAAGAACAACGCCACCCACAGAGUCCUAGUCGACGUCAUCAAACUCGAUUCCAUAUUUGAAGACGACCGUAGGAUCAAGAGAUAAGAAAAGCAGUUCAUGUAAAGAAAACAUUUAUGUAUAUGUUUAAUGUUCUACCAUGUUCUGAUUUUCAUAAAUGAGAAUGUAUAGUAAAGGUGUAUACCCAACUCGAUUUUAGAACUAAAAUAUAACAUUAAGAUGAGCGUAGAACAAAUAACUACUAAAUACAUAUAAGUUAUGCUAGCUGACAAACAAGAGAGUGCUAAUGUGUGAUGAUUACUUAAAGACUGCAACGAUAAUCUCCACGUAACUGUGUAGGCGUUUGUCGUUUGAAUUCAUUUGUAAAUAAACUUGUAAGCUGUUGCGUUUUACGACAACAUACUGCUAUUAAAUGCAAUAUUAAUGAGUCUUCGUAAAACAGAACAAAAUAUAGCCUGUAAAACUGGCUAUAGAUAAAAGCAAAUAUCAAGAAAAACAGUCUUCCUCAGUACGUAGGUGUUAAACACUAGACUAUGCAGUAGUGUAGCUGUCGUGCCAAAUAUAAUAAAUAACAAUAAUUACGAUAGUUAUGACACAGUUUGUGAUGGGUGAAUAUGAUUAAAAUUUUUGCUGUCCACAUUGAUUCCAGGAAUCGUAUAAAUCAUUAGAGUAUUAGCAACCAGAGUAAUAAUUUGGAAAUAAGCAAUAAUUGAUUCAUGCAAGUCUCGAUUAAAUCUGAGAUCGAUUUGUAGUGUGUCCAUUAUGGAUAUAUGAAUAACUUUUACUCUAGUAUAAUAAUUUAAUACGUAGGUUAUUUUAUUUCGAGGUAUAUAAAGAAAGUUAGCGUCUGUUACGAAUUUAUUUUUUAUGUGUGUAUAAAAGAGAUAUUAUAUUUCGUGGACAAUUUAUUUAUGGUUGUUUAAAUUCUUAGCUGUUCGUAAGUGAUGAGCAAUAAUGCAUAUCUUAGCUAAGUGAGUUGUAAAUAUAUUUUUGUAUAAACAUUCCUGCAAUUGUAAAUGUUGCUCAGAAUGCAUUUUAAAUGUAUACCGAUACAACUACUAUAAGUUUCAAUUUAUUGUAAAUUAUCUAUUUCCUUCCACAAGCUCUUACUGUUGUACUUUUUGUUAAUAAUUUUACAUUGAAAUAUUGAUGAGGCUCAGCAGUAUUUAUCACAAUUAUCAUAGAAAUUAUAGUAUCGAUAUUUAUUUAUCUAAGCAUUUCCUGCUAUCCUGAAGUGGCCCUGAUACUGUGAGCAUUUUAAUAAAUAACACCAACAGAGAUUGAAUGAAGUGUACUGUUUCAGGGGGUUAAGUUUAUUCUUGCCUUGUGUUUUAAUAUUUUACUGUUGUUAGUUACGUUUGCGAUAAGUUAUUAUGAAUAGAAUUAUUUUAAUUAUUGUACUGUUGAGUUUUUUAAAUCAAUAAAACAUUUUUUAUAAU